AAAAAAGCUAGCCGCUAGUUUUGUUUUAGUGUUUUUUCUAAAAUUAUCUAGAUUGAGCCUAUAAUGCCAGCUCCUUCCUUUUUCUCCCCUUCAUUACGCUAGAUUCCAUAUUGCUAAACCCAAAACUGAAGCUAACCACAACCACUCACCUCCGUGUUGCGUGGCCUUCCUCUUCAUCUUCCUCUCCCUCUUCCGCCCUCUGCCACGUCACUGACUUACUGCAAACAAAAUCAGAAGAUGACAUUGCAAGGUUUGAGUACGGUGGCACUAGCGAUACGGCCUCCUAGUCCUCGAUUCAAAGUAGACAGUGGUAGAUCGAGGUUAUUAUAUGGUGAUCGAAUUUCUUCUUAUGGAGCAUCAGCCAGCAGAAUCAGAACCAAGACAAUAAGAUGUGCAGGUUUGGGAGAAAGCCGCCAAGGUUCCUUGGGCAAUAACAAUAGUGUUGUUUAUGAGGGUAUUUAUGGCCCCUGGACCAUUGAAUCAUCCGAUGUUCGCGAGGUAAUUUUGUACAGAUCAGGAUUGGUGACAGCUGCGGCAUCAUUUGUGAUCGCCGCAUCAGCUGCCUUUUUUCCGGAUAGCUCAUCACUAAGUGCUGUACUCAAGCAGAACCUGGAUGCUUUUUAUGUUAUGGGCUCAGGUGGGUUGGGUUUAUCAUUACUAUUGAUUCACAUCUAUGUCACUCAGAUCAAGCGCAUCCUACAAACAUUGUGGGUGCUUGGCGUUAUUGGAUCAGCUAUUGUUUACAUCAACUUUGCACAACCAGCUAAUGAGAGUCUGACACAGUAUGUUUUGGAAAACCCAUCUGCUGUUUGGUUUGUUGGUCCUCUUUUUGCUGCGAUGACAGGGUUGGUCUUCAAGGAAGGAUUGUGCUAUGGCAAGUUAGAAGCAGGAGUACUCACUUUUGUUAUUCCUAUUCUUCUUCUCGGUCAUUUGUUUGGUUUGAUGGAUGAUGGACCUAAAUUAUUUCUACUUGCUUCAUGGAUGACGCUUUUCGUGAUAUUUGCGGGAAGGAAGUUCACUCAGCCAAUCAAGGAUGAUAUUGGCGACAAGUCUGUUUUCAUGUUCAAUUCUCUUGAACAAGAUGAAAAGGAGACAUUGCUUGAGAAAUUACAACAGGGCAAAACUCAAUAGUGAUGAGGCAUCAACUGUACUAUUACAUUUUUUUUCUUAUGACUAUUAGGAUAAAUUUUGAAAUGACGUAGCUCUAUUAAGAUGUGUUUUCAUACUUUAUACUCACUACUGACUGCGUCCUCAAUACCUAUAAAUAUUUGUAUAUAUCAGAAAAGACAAGAAUGUCCAUUCAAUUAUGUAUCCAAGUAAAAUUAUCAGAAUAGACAAGAAUGUCCAUUCAAUUAUGUAUCUAAGUAAAAUUAUCAGAAUUACGAUUUGAGUCUU